AUGGAUGCCGCGCGAAACAACUUCACAGUGCGUCUCGGGCAGAAAGUGGAAGCAAAAAAGACCAACGACGAAGUCGGUGGCGAGGACUCAUCGUCCGAUACCGGCAAAUCCAAGCGCUCUGUGGAUGCAGCAGUGGUAAAGAAAGCGUCGUGGCACAAGCAACAGGCCGUCGUCUUCCACGUGAACAACGUUCAGAAGAGUGGUCGGCUGACUGCAAUCCGCGACGACGACUGCGACAUUCAACAUGACAGCGACAAGGACCACGAAAGCACCAACGUGCCGUUCACGGACGUUCGCGCGCUGCGUUGGUGGCACCGAUGGACGUUGCCCACGACGCGAUUUGAAAUUCAAGCCAACGUGCGCUACGUUGACGCAAAAGGCCGCGCCCACGAUGGAGUGAUCACGAAGCGCCACCGUGACAAUUCGUACGACAUUCGACACGUCAGUGACGCCGAGACGGAAGCCCAACAUGUCGCGGUCUCGGACAUGCAGUCCUUGUCCGUGUGGUCCCAAGCAAUCGAGUCGCUUGGACGAGUCGCAUUAUUCAACGGGGCCCCGCUUGCCGUUGGUGCAUCGGUGGAAUUCCAGCUGGAGGACAGUUCGAAGUGGCGGGCAGGGACGAUUUGCAAAGUACGUCAAGAUGGCAAGUACAACAUUGAGUACACCGACAACGACGAUGAUGAAGAAGAGGGCCACGACAAGAAAGUAGCGAUGAAAGUUCCCUCGAUUCGCGUGCGGCGACGCCAGUCAUCGUCAUGGACUCGCGCGAUGUUGAUGCUUGCUUCAGGGAGCUUGACACUGCAGGAUGGAAUGCGGGUGGAAAUCACAUGCAUCAAAGACGAGAUGGAAGUGUUUCAACGAGGGGAAAUUGUCCGCACGCAUGCUGACGAAACAAAGACCAUUCGGUAUGACGACGGCAAGAUCGAGAAGCACGUGUUGCCGAGCCGACUUCGCCCGUUGACCACAACGCUUUGUGUCGGCACGUUGGUGGAGGCGUCCAUGGAGACGACUCACGCAGCCCUCAAAUGCACCGCGCCAAUGCAAGGCACCAUAGCGUGGGUGCACCGGGACCUCAAACGCGUCGUAUUGGCGAUUCCCGACGAAAAACACCCCGACCAAGAGUCGAGAUACUGCCCCGAUGUUCCGGUCGAAGCGCUUCGUUUGCAAGGGAAUCGGCUGGAUACAACUAGUUUGCAUGGAUAUUCGGUGUGGCGCAACCUCAACAUGCUGGCCAACCUCGCUCUCGACGCGGUUGUGUAUGGCUGGUAUCUCCUCGGUUUGGGCAAUGAAAUCGCAUUGAGUGUGGACGUUCUUGAACGGGUUGGCAAUGGCCACAACGACGCUGCCAUGCAGGCAUGGUACAAGUCCGUGGCGGUGGACCCUGCUGUGGUGGAGUGCUUGAUCACCCACCCGUUCUUGAAAGACAAACCAACGCUGGCCCAAACACCACCGUACUUGCUCUUGCCCGAGGUCAUGAUGGCUUGGUACUGGCUUAUCGUGCUCGUGUGCUUGAAAGCACUCGCGUUCGCCUACAUUUUUGUCCGGGCGCUCCGUCUCCUUGUUCACACUGGAAACAGCAUCGUGCUUCGGUCUAUUCAUUUGCAGCGGCACGUUCAAGACCAACUCCACCAAACGCACUUGUGGCGGUGCAUGUUUGGUGAGCUCGUCGUCUCCAGCGCCACACUUCUCUGCUUUGGGUCCUUGUCGACAACUCUUGGGUAUCACUGCUUGGUCGACCGGCGGCCCUUGGACCUUACGAACAACACGUUUCGUUUCUCUUCUGUGGACUCGCGGAUUCCCUCCGGCUACUCGUAUGUGGGGCUGUUGCUGGCUCAAGUGACGGCGACUACAACGUUCAACUUGUACCGCGGACUGUGCUUUUUGUUAGUGCUGGUGGCGUCCUCAAACUUUGCCGUCCGUGCCGUUAUGAUGAUUCCUUCGAUUGCCAUGACCGCGUUCGCGUGGGCGUUGGCGCUGACAAGCAUGCAGAUGUUUGUAUCGGUCCAACACGAUGUGCUGUGGCGGGCUGGGUACUUUGGCCUCACGCUCCUUCACGACAUGGCGUUGGGCUGCAUUGCGGCAGCCACAUGGCUGACUUUCGUCCUGUUUCAAGUGUUUCGAACUGUCGGUGACUACAACCGCUUGGUUGGGGCCUACCAUCUCCGAGGCGCGGCUGACCAAGUCGCAGUCAAGCAGGCUGAAGAAGGAAUGCUCGGUGGUCAUGCCCAGGAAGAGGCACUGCAAAUUCGAACCGAAGAGGCUCAAAUUCAAGUCGGCGUUGUCCAAGCUAUCUAUGCGACGUUGGUGCCGGGUAUUGGUCUCUUUGCGACUGUAGUGGCAGUGUUGUGGCUGCUUGUGGCGGUGCCCAUGCUGCACAGCGAGUCCCAUAUCGAUAUUCCAAAUUGGAUGGUGUCCACGACCGUGAAUCUCGCGUGCAUUUGGCUCGUAGCGCUCGCUCGGGCAACGUUCAUGUCGUGCUGCAAAGAGCGAACAAGCUGGAAACUACUGAGGCAAGGACAAGCGCAGCAAGCUCGGCCACCUGUGUUAUUGCCAUAA